AGAAAGUAGCGUCAUAAUACUUCAAUAUAGAAUAUAUGUCUCUUAAUGGAAUAUCCGUGAUUAAAUAGGACAUUUAAUCGGUGUCGCUAUUUAGGCAAACAAAUACUUGGAUGAAAAAGUAGUGUUAUGUAGUCUAUGAAUAUUCUUGACAAAAUGUAUUGUGUCAGGUUUAUUUGUUCAUGGUUUGUGAUAUGCUUUCUCACACGAAUAAUAAAUGCAGACUACUCAUGCCUAUGCAAUUAUCAAGUUGAGACACCAGUGUUUGGUGUCCAGGAUGCUAGUACAUCGCCCGUUGGAUACAUGUAUGAAUUUGACUGCAAGCCUUUGGCGACACCAAAUGGGCUUACCACCGGCUGGAGCGCAAUUAUGAAUGAAAACAAGAUUGCUUUUGUCCGGAAAGGCGAUGGUUUAAAUCUUCAAGUAUGUCAGGGAAGCGUGCCAUCUGAAGACAAAGUAACAACAAGGCCUGUUAACAACCUUGCCUCAACACUGAUGCCUAUCGUAACUUCAACCGUAGCUGUGACAACUAGAAUUGCAUCAACAACAACAACAACUGUAAAAGUAUCAAUUCCAGUUGACACAACACCAACAACACAGACAUCAUUUACAACAACACCUUCAACAACAACGAAAGCUAUAACAACACAAACUCCGACAAGUGUAAUGGCCAAUAUAACCACGGCAGGAAUAUCAACGACUAUGUCAAAAUCCGCAACGACUAUGCUAAAAAGCACAACAAGUCUAUCACAGACACUUUCUACACUAGCGCAAACAAAAACAUCAUCAUCAAUGAAACCAAUAUCAUCUGUCCAAUACUUACAUACAACACCAGAAAAAGGCAAUUUGAGUUUGUGUCCAACGGAUGUUACCAUGACGACCGAUGCCAGAUGGAUCCGACAAUACAAAGAUUUUUGCUACGAGAUUGUUUCAAAUCGAUACGAGGACUGGUAUGAUGCUUUAAAUGACUGCCACAGCAAAGAUGGUACAUUGGUAGAGAUCUAUACGGAUGAUAUACAGCAAUUCCUUGUGCAGUUCCAGAAGGAAGAGGGUUAUAUACAUCCCAUGUGGAUCGGGUUGCAGGAUGUGGACAAAGAAGAAACGUUUGACCAUUGGGAAACAGAUACUCCUCUGACAUAUGGAAACUUUGAUCCAAACAGAAAAAAUAACUACGCAAAUCAUGCUCAAGAGAAUUGUGUGUUGUUAGAACCAUCAGGGUUUUGGGAUGACUCAGUCUGUGAUGAUGUGGAGGCUGAGCAGGCUGAACGUGAUGGGCAUCCAGGGCUCCCGUUCCGCCAUUCCUGGAUCUGCCAAUACACCACUACAAAAAGACAGACAACAACACUGCCAACCCUCGCAUCUACUGCCUUGAUAACAGAUGUGACAGCUACUACAAAAAGACAGACAACAACACUGCCAACCUUCGCAUCUACUGCCUUGAUAACAGAUGUGACAGGUGACCUGCAACUCUGCCCACGUGUUGUAACGGAUUCAACUGACCCUAGCCUGAUUAGACAAUAUAAACAGUAUUGCUACGAACUUGUUCCACGUUACGGGGACUGGUAUGAAGCGAACCAAUACUGCCACGAUAGAGGUAAUGGGUUAAACGGACUGUUAAUCGAGAUUUAUACACAGGACAUACAACAAUUCAUUACAAAAGUGUUGUCUGACGAAGGUUAUACUCACCCUGUUUGGAUUGGACUGCAGGAUGUUGAUAAAGAAGAGAGCUUCGAUCAUUGGGAGUCCGACACACACCUGACAUACUCGAACUUCGACCCAAACAGGAAAGACAACUAUGCAAAUCAUGCUCAAGAGAAUUGUGUGUUGCUAGAACCAUCAGGGUUUUGGGAUGACUCGGUUUGUGAUGACGUGGAGGCUAAUCAAGCUGAGAAAGAUGGACACCCUGGUCUCCCUUUUAGACAUUCAUGGAUAUGCCAAUAUCCAAUACACCAGACACAAAUUAUCGGAUGAGUCAUUAGUUCGGAUUCCUUUUGACAGAAACAAUAUAGAAGUUUUCUAUCCUCUAUGUAAAGAUUAAAUAAAACCUUAAAAAGAA